AUGAGGGUGCCGCCACCUCCUAGGAGGUCUCGUGCCAACAUAAUACCAAUCUAUGGGAUAAAAAUUAGGAGCCUCCUAUGUUGCCACAGAUUAAAGAGGAGAUGGCACCUACAUAAACUAAGAAAGAAGCUCAGGCUAAAUUCUAAUAAUAAAUUUGGACCAAUAUCUGGUCCGAGGGCGGAGGAUAUGAUGGAUUUGCAAACGGGUUAUCUUAGCAGAUCAAUAAGAAAAAAACCACUACUGAUUGCAAGUUUUCCUCGAGGCUGUGAUAAUUCUCCUGAAAUCAAAGUCUUACAGAGGAGCAACUUUGCCAAACAGUUCAUAACAAAAAGAAAAUAUUACUUGAAGCAGUAUGAAAACAAACUUUUCAAGACUACCGCUGAUAAAGUUGGGCAAACCAAUACUUUUCAAUGUGCUCAAACCGUGCGUACCAUUAAAACAGUGACAUCAAAAAAUGCAGACGUGAGAACGAUCUUUCAUAAUCAGAAUGUACUUAAAAGGGUCAAUAUAGAACCAAGUCUACAAAUCGAUGACUACAAAUUUAUUAUUUUCGACUCCAAAAACUCCUUCAGGCUAACUAAAAAUAAAUCAAAUAUUCAAAAUUUGAAAGACUCCAUAUCAUUAACAAACGUUAAAGUCGAUGAAAUAAAACCUCUCGCAUCUCUUCAAGACACGCAACAAAAGACAGUUCCAAUUCGAGAACAUACAAGCCAACCUACUUAUAGAAAGUCAAAAAAGACUACUGAACAUGCUGCCAAUAAUGUUAAUUCGAAUGGGGUCAAUUUGUACUUAUUUUCCAGCAAGUCAAUCAUAUCUUAUUCAAAAAGUGUUUAG